GGGCAUUAUUUCCUGGAGUAUGAUAGUUGGAUAGGGCCCCACUAUAUGGUGCAUUGUAGGGCCAUGGGUUAGAGCAGGCAUGGAGAAAUUUGGGCCCUCCAGGUGUUUUGGACUUCAGCUCGGCUUUUCGGAAUUGUGGGAGUUGAAGUCCAAGUUUCCCCAUGCCUGGGUUAGAGGAUGAGAAAUUAGCUAUGUGGCACACAGGCUGUGUCAUGCCACCAGAGGCUUAGGCAGAAUGACUGGUGAAAUGAAGCUGCUGUCCCCAUCCUUCUGUCACCUGAGACCAUUUCUUCACUCUCCCUGACUGUUGAUAGGGCUGGUUAUGAGUGUGCCUAUGGUUGCUCCAAUAGGGAAGAAACAAGAGGUGUGGAGAACUAGAAGUAAGCAUUUUGUAAUGCAAAAUUAUCUCAAAACUGAACAUUCUAAUUAAAAUGUUCUUUUCUUUUCUGUUUCAGAGUCUAAAUAUAGUCUUAAGCAUGUUCAGUUUUAUGAGUGAGGUUUUUGUGGCUAAUGAUGGAUGACAUCAAGAUCGCAACAUGGUUCAUUAUAUUCAGUUUUUUAAAAAGCCAUUAAGGGGGAAAUAUGUAUUUACAGUUGGUGCUGGCAUGCUUGCAAUUAGGAAGUUAGCAUUUGAGAUUGGAUUAUCAUGAUCUAUGUGCAUGUAAUCCCCUAAGGGUGUGAUUAUCUCAAGAUAACCUCACCCCUUGAAGUUUUCCACAUUGUUAAUAUGAAAAACAUUUGUUAUUCAAAAGAACAUAUAUUUUCUAGUGGGAUGGCAUUAAGUUGUCAGAUCAAAAAUGUUGAAUAGCAGUUAAAAUGAGCAGAAAAAUUCAGGCAGAUUAGCUUAACCCAUAGGGACGGUUCACCUGAUAAACCACAGCAAACCAAAGACAGCUACAACAUUGACUAACUCCUUACAUCUGCAAGGAAAUCAAGAGAAAUUGCUCUUUCCCAGGAAAAUAAUUUUAUGUUCCCAUAUUGUACUGAUAAAGUUUAAGAUUAUAUAUUUAAACUGAGUGAUAGGGCUUUUGCUUUGAUGUGGGCUGUGUUCUUCAUUUGGGAUUUAGGAUUCUUAAUAUGAGUUUCUGCAGUUCUUAUAUAAACAUGGAAACUGAGAGCUUUAUAGCAAUUCCUGGAAGUAAUAUGCUCCUCUAAUUUAUUCUUUGUAGACAUGGAAUAUAGUGCUCUUCAGAAUAGUAGCUAGAUGCUGAAAUACGCAAGGAACAAUGUGUUUAUUUUUGAUAUAUCCCCAAAAAAAAUUAAGUGUGCAUAAACAGACCGAUUUCAAUGGGCUUCACUUUCCUUUGUCUCAGACUUUGACUUUGUGUCUGCAGCAUUCCCUUUAGAACUUUCAGAAUAAAAAUGUAUGUUCAAACCUCAAAUAAAAGUCAAAAGAAAGAAAGACAGAAAGAAAGAAAAGAAAAAGAAGUAUACUGUAUAUACUCGAGUAUAAGCCGACCCGAAUAUAAGCCGAGGCACCUAAUUUUACCACAAAAAACUGGGAAAACAUUGACUCCAGUAUAAGCUGUGAGUGGUAAAUUUCAGAAAUAAAAAACAGAUACCAAUAAAAUUACAUUAAUUGAGGCAUCAGUAGGUUAAAUUUUUUUACAUCAAGCUCAAAUUUAAGAUAAGACUCUCUGACUCUGAUCAAAUCAUUAUUCUCAUCUUCUUCAAUGUAAAUACCCUUAUGUAUCCUUUUAAUAAUCAUAGAGUAAAAUAAUACAUGUAAUAAUAAUAAUAAUAAAUGCAGGAAAAUAAUACAAGUAAUAAUAAAUAGAGUAAAAUAACAAAUGCAAUAAUAAUAAGAUCAGAGUGAAAUAAUAAAUGUAUGUAUUAAUAAUUGUCAUGCAGCCAGAUCCCAGGGCUGAAUUUCCAAGCCCUGAAUCUGACUUCAUAACAUAAACAUGCGAGCACCUGGCGGGAGAAGAUAAAAUGAGCCUGGGAACUCAGGGGUGAAAGUAUAAACAAUUAUAAUUGCUGUAGUGUGGGGGGGAUAGAAACCUUGGUGGAAAUGUGAUCCAGAAGGUGGGGUUUGAUGAUGAUAUUUGCGUGUGAUAUUACGUUGCAUCAGAAGUGAUAAAAUUAGAUGUAUGUAAACAUUAGGUCAUUCUCGACUUUUCCAAAGUCAUGUAUUCUUCAAUAAAGAUUGUGUUUGAGAGCAGCUGUCUUUGAUCUGCGUUCAGACUGGUCCUUUGAAGUAAGCCUGACAUUAAAGUCGAGAAUCCCAUUUCUCACCCUCCUGCGGAAUUCGCAGUGAAGUGAUAAUGAGCGAGGAAGAAGAUCAAAGCCCAAAUGAGGCAGAGAGGCCUUUGCAAGGGGCCCGGCCGAAGAGAGAAGAGACGCUGCAAGCCAUAGCUUCCUCUACGGGGUACCCCAAGCCGAACGGCGUGACCCAGAGAAUUCCCAGGCUCGGAAGAGGCGUCUCUGCAGCUGCAGAAACCAGUUGGGGAUCUGGAGGAAGUAUGCCGGAGACCGUGGCCCUGCGGUUAUCCAUACUGGAAACUAAUUUAUCCAGGCUGUCGGAAACCGUGGGGAGAUUGGUGCCAUUAUUGGAAGAGAAUCUCCAGAAGGAGGCCAGCCGAUAUGGCGCCGAGAGAGAACCAAGCAAAGAAGGAGAUUGGAGCCAGAGGGGCCAGCGGGCGUCAACGCAGAGCCCCGUGGCGGCAAGGGACGAGGGAGAUGAGGAAUACUGGCAGGAGCUGCAGUUCCGGGACAGCAUGGCGCGAGAAGUGGAGCGUCAGCGAGCCCUGGGGACCCUGAGGCCGCCGUCUCCAACAGAGCUCCCAACCCCCCGAAUGGGCGUCGGGGUGGAAAGGCCACUGGGGCCAGGGAUCGGGUCCAGUGGAUUCGCAGACGAAGGCGGAGAGGAGCGAGGGGUCCAGGAAGAGGAGGAGGAUGUGCCGUACGACGAGGAAAGGCGAGAUGAGGGGGCUACAGCUAGGCCAGUAUGCGGAUGGGCGGAAGAGCCAACAGCGGCGGCAGACUUCCAGGAGCCGCGCAGAAUGACCACCGGAGUGGGGCGCGGCGUGUUCCAAGGAGCCACCCGAGGAAACCUGAUGCAACCCUUCCCCAUGCCGCCCAGACAAUAUCAAAGGGCUGCAGAAUGGAUGCCUAGAAGGGAAGAUCUCAAGCUGGAAUACGGAGGGGAAUCAGAGGAACUGAACUUUUUUCUAAUUAGCAUUAGAGGAUACAUGGAAGACAACGCACACACAUUUCCCUCCGAAGCAAGCAGGGUUCGAGCCAUCGGCAACACACUAAAGCGAGGAGCAGCCAGCUGGUAUGUGCAAUUGCAUGCCAGACGCGACCCAUGCCUGAGGUCAGUGCCCCGCUUCCUCGCCGCACUGGAGAACCGGUUCAGAGACCGGCUAGAGCAAUUGAGGGCUCGAGACCAGCUGAAAGGAAUAAAACAGAGGGACAAAACGGUGCCCGAGUACGCAGAGGAAUUCCUCCACCUCGCGGAAAGGGUACCGGAGUGGUCUGAAGUAACCAAAGUGGAACUAUUUAAAGAGGGACUACGCCCCGAGAUUUUCAGCUGGGCAGCGCACAGAGACGACCCCGAGACGCUCCAGGGAUGGAUUCAACUAGCGGGGCGCGUCGAAUCUACCCUGGCACAAGUAAAGCGCUUCAGGAGCAGCAGCGGCCAGCAAAGACCGGUGGCGAGAGGUCGAGGAGAAACGAGGAAGCAAGAAAGACCCGGAGGGAGGCCGGGGAUUCCCUCCAGAGGAGACGACAACAAACCUAAACCGGGAUGCUUUGUAUGUGGGAAGACGGGCCACCGAGCAGCGGAAUGCUGGGCCCGGAAGGGGGAGCCGCCAAAAGCCCCAAAGCCCAAGCCAGCAACCGGGAGGCGUGCGGAGGAGGAGGUGCAGGCCCCAGAAUCUUCGGAAAGAUUGGACUAUGGUGAAAGAAGAACCGAAGAGGAGGACGAAGAAAACGGGGGCGCCAUGUCAUGCAGCCAGAUCCCAGGGCUGAAUUUCCAAGCCCUGAAUCUGACUUCAUAACAUAAACAUGCGAGCACCUGGCGGGAGAAGAUAAAAUGAGCCUGGGAACUCAGGGGUGAAAGUAUAAACAAUUAUAAUUGCUGUAGUGUGGGGGGGAUAGAAACCUUGGUGGAAAUGUGAUCCAGAAGGUGGGGUUUGAUGAUGAUAUUUGCGUGUGAUAUUACGUUGCAUCAGAAGUGAUAAAAUUAGAUGUAUGUAAACAUUAGGUCAUUCUCGACUUUUCCAAAGUCAUGUAUUCUUCAAUAAAGAUUGUGUUUGAGAGCAGCUGUC